AUGCCAGCCUGCAAUCAUAUUGAAACAGUGGUACGCGAUCGCUCCUCACAGAUGGUCGUCAAAGAUCUUGAAAUGCGGCUCCGGCGGCAUCAAAUUACAGGCACGGCGGCUGUGGCAGAGGCGACGGCCAAGGCUCUGCGCUCUGUGGUAAGUGCAGCGAAGUGUUGGCGUCUAGAGGAUCUAGUGAUGCUGAUUCGUACGGUGGGUCGUCGUCUGCAAAAUGCACUGCCUUCCGAACCUGUGAUUGGAAAUAUGACGCGUCGCAUCUUGUUCCUUCUCCGUGAAGAGGCGAAAGCCCUUACGAACUUGGGCGAAAGUUUGCCGACAGGUGGGCGUCCGCAACCGCACCCAUCUGUGGCACAGUCGCUAGCGGCUUUGUCAAUGUCCACGCCUAGCUCGCCCGCUACGUCCAUGCUACUCAAUACCGACUCAUCUGUGCCUCCGACGCCUAGUCGCUCUUUCUCCAUUUCCGACUUGGUGGCGCCAUCGGGUGCCCAAACCAUGCGCACGACACCGAUGGACAUGUCACCCACCAGUACGCCAUCAACACUGUCGGCACAGUCGCCCCUGCAUGACUCCCUGCACUCGGAAGACGGAGAUACGCUAUCGGACGAAGACGAGAAAAGCUCCAAUGAUUCCACACCUAGCCACACAUACCAACUUAAACCGCUAUUGAUUCAAGCGAUCCAGGAGCUUAUCGAUGAAUUGGAGUCUGUUGAUACCAGCAUUGCAAAAGAUGCUCGCGACCACAUUCACUCGGGCGAAGUCAUUCUCACGCUUGGCCACUCCUCGACAGUGCUUAGCUUCUUGCGAGCAGCAGCCAAGCACCGGAAAUUUAUUGCGGUGGUGCCUGAAUCUGCACCCUCGUUUGCGGGCCACAAGAUGGCGCGUGCCUUGUCAGGCGCCGGCCUCUCGGUGCUGCUGGUGCCGGACUCGAACGUGUAUGCUCUCAUGCCACGUAUUUCCAAGGUGAUUCUGGGCGCACGGUGUGUCUUGGCGAAUGGCGGUAUGCUGGCUUCCAUCGGUGCCAAAUCCAUCGCAAUGGCUGCACGCGAGCACUCGACCCCUGUGGUAGCGCUGGCGGGUGUGUACAAAAUCUCUCCUGAUUGGUCAUGGGUCAGCCCGGAGCGGUUGACGACGGGCAACCAAGGUCCGGCAUCGCAAGUGGUGAACUAUGCUUCCUCAUCCAUCCUGGCUGGCGAAGCGGACAUUGAGAAUCCGCUCUGGGAUAUUGUCGCUCCGAAUGACAUUGAUGUGAUUAUCACGAAUGUUGGCGAGCAUCCGCCAUCGUAUGUGUACCGCCUCAUUCAGGAGAACUAUCAUGAAGAGGAUCUGCAUUUCUAG